AGCGAAAUGAUACCGAUGAAGCAAAUGAAAUCUUAUCUGUUUCACCAACUUAUGUUAAUCUCAGUGAUUUUAUCCAUGAAUCAUGUAUUACAUUGAACUCUGAAAAUACCAGGUCUGGAAGUACUAGUGAUUCUGAAGACCCAGGAAUUAUUGUACAAACAAUCGCUUUAGGUGCUAGUUUUCCUUCUUGGGAUUCUUUUGAAACAAGUCUUGAAUGUUAUAGAAAAGAAAAUGGGUUUAAACCAAUAAAAGAGCGGCGAGAUAUGGAUACUAAAACUGGAAAUAUCGUUCAUUGGUGUUUCGAAUGUGAAUUUUCAGGAGAGUACAAACCAAAACAUACUGCUGAUUUUAGUCAGGCCCGACAAACCUUUUCAAAAAAAACCCAAUGCUCUUGGCGAUGUAAUGCUAGUUUCAGAAAAACCGAAGGAAAAGUUUAUAUUAAUAAACUUGUUGAGAAACACAAUCAUAACCUCAUACCCCAUCAUGAGGAAUUUGCACCAUCAUUACGACAAUUACCGCAGGAUGUUUUAAAUGAAAUUAAAUUCAUGACACAAAAAUGUGAAUAUGGUGCCCGACAACAAAGACACCCCGCUUCUAAUAUUAACCAAGAUGCCUCUUUAAUGAUUGAGUAUUUAAUUUCGAAACAGCGUGAAGAUCCUAAUUGGAAGAUUAAUAUAUAUUUUGAAGGUGUUGAUACUUCUUUGGCUCACCUCUUUUGGCAAACUCCAAGUCAGUCUAGACUUUAUGAGCAGUUUCAUAAUGUAAUUGUAAACGAUAAUACUUGUAAAACCAACAUUUAUCGAAUAUUACUAAACAUUUUUGUGAGAGUGGAUUCGCAAAACAGAACAAAAAUGCUUGCACAAGCACUUAUGAUAUCUCAACAAUGGUUCUUGAAUCCUAUAUGUGCACCUGAACAAUCAAUUACUAUUCAAUUCACACAUAAUAUAACAAGUGUGCAAGAGAUACAAAAUGAUGAGUUGAAUAGUAGCUUUGAUAUCAUUGAAGAACUUCGAGGACCAGAUUGUAUUGGAAUCGCCAAAAAAGAAGUUCAAACUGCUCUUGAUACUGGUAUAAUGGAUGAAUUUAUUGGUAUAUUGCAUAACUUUAUUGAAUCAAACUUUAGUAAAGAAAAUGCUGCAGCGGAGGCAGCAGCUGUAGCGAAAGCAUCAACUAUCCUUUGCGAAGCAAAGGAUAACAGAAAGUUCAUUCUCGAAUAG